GCGUGACUAGAGUUGUGUAUAGUAUGAAGGGAAGCAGCGGUGAGAUGAUGUUCUAUGCUGGGAGUGCGAGGCUGUGCGGAUGACCAAGCCCAAAAGGCGCAAGUCACUAGCCACCGGCCACGCUCUACCCGGCCAUGCGGCUCCCGGCGUUAUAGUUCAUACCAACUCUCGUCAGCUCUGCAUCAGCACCAGCCUCAACACCAGACCGGGGUGCACGCCAAUUUCUUGGUACGCCGUCCGCCUAGAAGACAUGUACACACUACGCACGGAAAGAUACGGAUCCGAACCUUCAUUGCCUCGCCCGUCAGCGCGUUUGCGAAGCUCAAACCCGACGUUCUCUCCCUGUGACCAAAUCUCGCAUGGUGCGACCGGAUGCUUAUUCCUUGCAAUCAUUAGGAAUUGUAACUCCAGCGUCGCCACAACGGCCGAGCGGUAUACUCUCCGGAGGCCCAAGUCAUCCUUGUCACAGGAAGGUUCCUUACUACUAUCCAUCCGUGCGUCAUGUAUCUUGAGGUGACGACGUUCAUAAGCGCUUGUUGCUGUUCACUGAAGCGAAUGGCUUUGCACCGUCAUCAGUCCUGCACUGUGGCUGGUGCUCGGGCCCAACAGUGCUUUCCCUCUUGGAGAGCCGUGGCUGCACUCGCACUACAUUCCCAUGAAAACCCGACACGGA